AUGGAGCGGAACGAGCCGUCUGGGUGGGAGAAAGCGCGGACGGCGCACGUUGUGCCGCCCACGGAACGCGCCGUGGACGAGGAGGGGCCGGUGGAGAUCGAGGAGCUCUUCGCCCUGCUCAACCAAGGACAAGAAGCCGGCGGCCAGGGUGAAGGUCACGGGCCCAACGGAGAAGGCGCGGUUCGCGAUGGAAGUGACGCCUGCCCCGACCAGAACGUUCCAGCGAUCAACGAGGUGACGUCUUCUGGCAUGUUCGCGCUCGACGGACCGCCAGACGUCGCGGACGUGGAGAAGCUGCAGUUUGCCUGUGACGCUGUUGGUGAAGGUGCCGACGACGGCCGUGCGGGCCCGAGAGCGUGGGUCGGGUCCCUAGCCGGGGGGUUGGAGAGCUCGGGUAAGACGACCGAUGGUGACGUGAAGGAGCUUCUCAGGAGCCUCUCGCUUUACGGCCACCGGCAGCCCAUUUCGAGAGAGGUCCGUCUCAAUAUGCGGCGGAAAAUCCAGUCGCUCAUCGUCGGAUAUGGCGUGCCGGCCAUCUGGUUCACCAUCAACCCGAACGACAUUACGAACCCGGUGAAGCUGCGACUGGCGGCAUACCGCACACGCGAUCCCGACGCGGCCGAGGAGUUCUUAGAAGGCCUUGGGGAUGCGUAUAAGCGGGCACGGCUGGCGAUAUCGGAUCCCAUGAGCUCGGCCGUGUUCUUCCACCGCGAGAUGAAGCUGUUCUUCGAUCAUUACGUGAAGGUCGGUGAAGACUCGAUGCUUGCCGACAUCCACGGGGAGGAUCAGGCGGCGUAUCGCGAGCGAAUCGUCCGAUACAUCGAUAGCGUCUUCUCAGAGGAUCUGGACCAGGAAAGUUUUUGCGCCGUGCAAGCGGAGCGAUCUGUGACAGGCGGUAUUGGUUCGCUGCUGGACAACGCCGCGCAGUUCUCGGCCGCGUUUAUCGAGGAGGCCAACUUCUGUGCCGGCGCGACGCAGGAGGGCGGAAGGGGACCUCUGCCGGUUCAAGGCGCCAUGGAGAUCCGGAGGACACACAGCAUGGUCAAUCGAUGGAACGAGGCUAUUGCUGUCGGGCUCCGGCACAACCAUGAUAUUUCCUUCAUUGCGACGCAGCGCAAGACAAUGGCCCUCAUCUAUUAUGUCACGAACUACGCGACCAAGGUGGAGGACCCGGUGUGGAAGCGUGUGGCGGCCGCGGCCGAGCUCCUGGCCGCCUCAACAGGGAACAGGACGCGACAGUUCCUGAUGAGAGUGGCGAACCGCGUGUUCACGGAGCGUCCGCUAUCACAGGUCGAGGUCGUCGCUCACCUUCUCGGAUAUCCGGCCGAGUUCACCGACAGCAGCGCGUGGGCGUACCUGAACUGUUCUCUGCUGUACUGGGAAGUCUUUCGGCGAUGGCGGCAUCUCCGAGAAGCCAGUGGCGCUGCGGCUAUGGAUGACACCUUGGAUGAGUCGGUCGUCGUCGAAGAAGAAGGCCUGAGAGUCUCCCACGUCGAGGCGUACCAGCACCGGGGAGAGCUGCUGAAAGGCCUAUGCCUGUAUGACUACAUAUCGAUCGUCAGACUGAAACGCAUCGGCAACGACGAGCUGGGCGGCAGGGAGAUGUCUUUCGAGGAUGGAUGGGCGCCGGGACGACGCUGGGUUCAGGUGCUCAGGCGGCCGGGCAAGCACGCUACCGUCUGCCUCGACGGCUACCUGAGCAAGGACUUCACCUACGAUGACGAGUCGUGCUACCGGAGGGCAGCCGUGCAGCAUCUUGCGCUGUUCGUGCCGUGGAGUCCUUCCUGGGCGAAGGAACAGCUGCUUCGACGAUCCGCCGAAGACGCAAAACGCGACGCCAAGCAAUGGGCAGCCUCGUCCGGCGAUGGCGACCCGACGGUCGCACACGUCGAGGAGGGUGGAGCAGGCGAGGCGGGCGCGGAGUCUGCAGCGACAUAUCAGCCCAACAGCAUCGGAGACGCAACGCGGCUCAUCGACGUCGUCCGAGGUGCAGUGGGAGCGAAUCAGGUGACGGCCAAGUCGCCGGAGCUCAUGGCAAUGAUACAGCAGCUCUGUCGGUUUCAGCAAUCGGCGCUGCGCUCGACGGCCGAGCUCGAGGCCACGGCGCUGAUCGAACGAGGAGAGGCGGUUAAGCAUGCCAGGGCGGGUAUUUUCCGGGGCCGCACUACCGCCGCAGGAUCAGGUCAAGGCUAUCAAGUCGCAGCAGCGUUGCGAAGGGUGAUGACCGGUUUCGGGGAGGACGAGGUCGAAAUGACGAUGGCCGACUCCGACGAGACCGCUAUCGACGCAGGGGCGGGAAUGGACGUUCAGUUUGGCCCAUCAACCUCCUUCCUCGCGGCGGGCAAGGUGUUGGCAACACGGCUGACGCUGAACAAGAGGCAGUCCAUCGCUUUUCUGAUAAUAUGCCGCCAGCUCGAUUUGAUGCAGCAGACCGACGGGGCGAUGCCUGCCAGCUGCGCCAGUUCGUCGGUGGCGAGGGCGGCGGAGCGGUUCAUCCACGGCCAGUCUCGAAUGGAUUGGCAGGAGAAGGAUGUGCUCGUCAUCGACGAGGUGAGCAUGCUCGGGGCGCGGACGCUGCACGCCGUGAACGAGCGGCUUCGCCGGCUUCGCGGAUCGCGGCAAGAUUUCGGGGGGAUCCCCAUCGUCCUCUUCUGCGGAGAUUUUCAGCAGUUCCGGCCGGUCCAAGAGAGGUCGAUCGUCCUGCCUAGCGCGGCCAUCUCGUGGGACGUAGACAACUCGUUCAAGGCCGAGCAGCGUCACCAGCACGACAAAGCGCACGCACUGUGGAAGAGGUUCACGACGGUCGUCAUGCUGGACGAGCAGAUGCGCGCCGCCGGCGACCCGGAGCUGCAGAGGCUGCUGAAGCGGAUCCGUCUAGGCGUGCAGGAUCGGACGGAUCUAAACCUCCUCAACUCAAGGAAUCGGUGGAACCUGAACAUGGAGGCGAGCCUGGCGUUCCGGGUCCAGCAGCGGUCGACGAUGCGCAUUUUCAUCUCCGAGCACAAGUGGAAGGAGGAGCUGCCGACGGAGGAAGAGGCGAUCAUGAUACUCAACCAGGGCGACGAUAGCGCGAUCCCGGUGCCGGCCGUCUUCAUGUUCGUGGCCGGGAUGCCCAUCGUCGUGAACCACAACACCCACCAGGGGCUGAAGCUAGUGAACGGCGCGAGCUACUCGGCGGUGGAGGUCAUUGUCGACAAGGCGUACCCGGGGCAUCGGAUCUCGGCCGAUAUGACGAUCCACUUCGGGCCGCCGGCGGGAUCAUUCUCGAAUCGGAGACGACGAGAUAUCUCCACUUCUGCCAGCGAAAAAGGCCGUGGCAACGCAACGACGUCAGCCGAAAGGGGCAAAACGCUGGAGCGCGUGGCCCUCGAGCUGCGAGGGACACGGACGACGAAGAUGGAUGGAACGGUGGUGCCCUCGCAGUGCGACCCGUACGGCCUGUACGUGCAGCUAUCGCGCUGCCGAACUCUAGACGGCAUCAUGCUCGUGUCCAAGGUGCGGGACAGAGACUUGGUGGGCAACCGGGUCCCCGAGGAGAUGACUGCCGCACAGGCCAGGCUCGAGGUACUGAGCGAGAGGACCGUUGAGGAGGCGUUGCGCUGGCUGGACGGUGAUGCUGAAGAGUCAAGGCGGCCGCGCUAG